AUGGCCGUCCUCAGCCAUCUCAUCACGGUUAUUGCACUUUUCACUGCUACGUUCUUGUCGUCUGCGCCUGGAAGCGCGAACGCUUUGUCAGUUGAUACCCAUGGCAACCUUCGCGUGCGAGGGCAUGGACAAUUGCAUCAUGACCAUGGUGUACGCUUGGCUGAGAAGGAUUACGAGCAAGGCUUGGACCGUCGUACUUCAGCCGGUAAACGGAGGCGUUGCAAGAAGAGACCCAUAACGUCCACCACGUCUAUGUCUCAGAUAACCUCAACUUCAGAGAUGCAUUCGACCACUCCGAGGCCUCAACCGGUUGGGCCAACCACGUCUACUCCCACGGCGACCUCCACUUACACUCCUCAGCCCCCUGCAAAUGGCAACAAAAAAGUUGGUCUCGCAUGGGCCGGCAAUGACGAUAAAUUGCUUAAGUAUUUUGUCACUGACAAGACGCAAUACGUGUAUACAUGGAGCGCCUCGUGUCCAGAUCAUUACGAAACCACUGGCUUGAACUGUGCACGUAUGCUAUGGAGUCACAAGAACCUCGAGGACUUCAAGAAUCUCCGUCAGAGCCCGGGAACGAACACUCUUAUGGGGAUGAACGAGGUCAAUAUCCCCUCCCAGGCUAACCUGUCACCAAAAAACGCCAGUGAUCUGUGGAACCAGGAGAUUCGCUGGCUCGGCAAGCACGGAUAUACGCUUGUUUCGCCAUCUUGCACUUGUCAAGAGAACGCUAUUCAGUGGUUCCAGGACUUCUUUGCGGCGUGUGGUGGCAAUGAAAACUGUGGUGUUGACUACCUCGCCAUUCAUUGCUACCUGACCAGCACCGCUGACUUCAUGUAUUGGGUUGAAAGGUUCUGGAACACCUUCCAUAUUAAGCUCUGGGUUUCUGAGUGGGCUUGUGCUGGCUUCGGUCCCGGGGGGUACGGGAAAUGCUCUGGGGAUGUCUGGAAGUUCGUAACGACCAUGGUUGAUUUCCUCGAUAAGACUGACUAUGUGGCAGCUCACUUCCCCUUCGGCUUUCUUCCUUCGUUGUACAACGUCGAUCCUGGUGACAAGCUUAUUGAUGACAAAGGUUACCCGAAUGCUCUCGGAAGCUACAUCCUAAACCACUAG